GUACUAAAACAGAACGAAAGUUGUACAUUAYCACAAGUUGUACAUCCACCAUUUAAAACAGYUWAGCARKAUUUUUUACUUGGAAAAGRUUUUGUCACARGGAAGAAGAAGAUUUGUUCACUUGGGAGAAUUCUUGAGAAUCGACGAGACGCGGUCACGCUGUUUUUGUGGUUAUUAAAAUUGUUCGAAUUGUUUCAGCUCCACUUCCUCAAGAAUGGCUAGUUCAGAAUCUAUUAUAAUGACAUUACUAGAACAAGUGAGAUGUCUAGAGGAGGAACGCGACAAAGCAUUAGAACUUUCAAAUAAAUUGAAUGAAAAACUACGCGCRAAAGAAGAAGGUAAAGAAGCCGCUAAGUCAAGCAAAACGUCUGACGAGUUAAACUUUAAGGAAACUCURGAGACUCUUGCUGAUGAAUUGGAGGAAAUUCGACUCAAUGAAGAGCAAAGACAAUUUAAUAUCUCAGAAAUAAGUAAAGACCAAGAUGGACAAUCAAAAAGUACAAGUGUUAGYGGUAGCAAGGAUUCAGUGAUGCUUGAGCUUUGCAAGCAAUACUAUGGCAAGAUGGUGACUGAAUUGCAGGAGGAAAGAAAUGUUUUGCAGCAAAAAGUUGAAAAGCUACAAAAUGAAAUUAUAGAAAAGGAUAUGAAAAUUGCAGAGCUUCAGCUUGGAAAAGUGUAGCCUCAUUAGGAAACUUUCAUUUAUGCAAAWAWCAUGUACUUACACACUUCUAGCUGUCAGUCACACACUUMUAGCUGUCAAUAAUGUUAGAUCAAUGUUUUUUCGCUAUUUUUUUUGAAGAUACAAACAAUAAAGUGUGCAACAUAAAUACCACUAAGWAAUCAUAAAAUAAUGUUUAUUAUAUUGCUUAAUUAGCACUAGUGAAGUAAAAAAAACCCUGUGAAAUAGAUAGUACACUAAUACAASUACAUUACAUAUAUAAACAUUGUUUUCUUUUGAGUCUUUUUGACUAUCAUACUUUUAUUAAUUGUAAAGGUUUUGUUUAAUGACUUUACUCUAUCUAGCAGUAAAAAAUGUAAAAUGUUGCACACAUUUACUGUUUGAAGACUCUUGUAUUUGUACUAAAAUAACUCACAAGUACUAGAGUCGUUAACCUGUGAAACACUUAUUAUUCAACUCCAAAUGAAACAAUGACAAUCAAUAUACAUGUCUGCUACUAUGUGGUCAUGUACAUAGUACAGCACCAAGCCUAGUUUCUAUUAUAAUAUUUGUAGUUUUGUUCAUCAAACAAUARCAAUAGCUCCAAUUUAAUUUGUUUAAUAAAAUUAUAAUUUACAGCA